UGGAAGACUAAAAAAAGAAAAAGGAAAGCAGAAAUUGACUUGUGAUUCAGAACAGUGAAGCUCUGAACCUAACAUUUCCGAAGCUCGAAGGUGGAUUGUGAAUCGAUUCAGAACCGAGGAUUUGGUGGAAAAGAUGACGAAUGAUAGGAAAAUUGGGGUGGCGUUGGACUUCUCUAAGGGGAGCAAGAUCGCUCUCAAAUGGGCAAUUGAUAAUCUUCUCCGCAACGGUGACACCCUCUUCGUCAUUCACAUCAAGCCUUCAAAAGGAAGUGAAUCCAGAAAUCUUCUCUGGUCCACAACUGGUUCACCUUUGAUCCCGUUGUCUGAGUUUCGUGAGAAGGAGGUGAUGCACAAUUAUGAGGUGGACACCGAUGCUGAGGUGUUGGACCUACUUGACACCGCUUCUAGGCAGAAACAGGUGAUGGUGGUGGCAAAGCUAUACUGGGGGGAUGCAAGGGAGAAAGUUUGUGAAGCUGUUGGGGAUUUGAAGCUUGAUUCUUUGGUUAUGGGUAGCAGAGGCUUAGGUGCCAUUCAGAGGGUAUUGCUGGGGAGUGUGACCAAUUACGUUACCACAAAUGCGACUUGUCCUGUAACAAUUGUGAAAGACUCUGCCCCUUCUACCCACUGAUAUGCUACUGAAUUUGGUCGGUCUUUGCAAAUGGUUGUUCCGUCUUCACCAGAGACCAGACUCUGUUUCCCUCCGUUCUUACUUCUUACAUAUGCCUAGUUAUGAACCUACUUGAUCAUUAAGGAUUGGAUAUGCACAAUGUAUUAUGUUAAGAGUCUCUUUUAAGUGCUUAGGCUGUAGCCAAAAGUGUGCUUAUAAAUAAGCUAUGUGAUGGGUCUGUUUCAAAUUUACUAUGGCACAGUAUCCAGUGGCUUGAAAUGUUUGUGUCACAUAAUUGUUAACCUGUUGCUUUCGGGAGAUUGUGUGUCUUGUUUAUGUUCAUCUUUAAUUGGGUGGCUUUCUUUAACUGCAUCUUU